GCGGUCAGUUUAAUUGGCUACAUUCGAUUCUCCCUCAGGCAGUCUGGAUAUAUCAUUAUCAGGUCUUUUUUAGAGAUCUACCCAGACAUCGAGAUCCCAGUGUAUCAAAUGAGUGCAGUGACUUGCAGGUACAAAACUUUAAGGCUCAAAGACUCACUCAACGAAGACGCUUUGGUUACGUGCGCGUCUCCGCCAUUCCUAAGCAGGCAGCAUUCUUUCACGUGCGCGCCACCCUGCUGCUACUUGUUUUAUGGCCUGUCUGGCACGCGAAUUGGGACUGAAAAAUGGUGGCUAGUGCAAGGGUGCAGAAGCUUAUUCGCCGUUAUAAACUGGCGAUCGCCGCCGCUCUGGCAAUCCUUCUCAUUCAGGGACUCGUGGUGUGGAGUCUUAGGAGCCUCGAAGAAGGGGAGCAGGGCGAGGGGAAGCAGAGGAGAUCCAAGCUGCCAGAUAACAUUGAGGACCCGAAGGACACGCUUGACGGGCAGAGGCAGGACGGGUUGGCCAACCGAAAGAGGAGCCGAUGGAAACCUGGCAUUGAGCAUCCAGGCAACACCAUGAGGGGGGACCUGCUGAGACACAAGCCCAUGGUGCGCUACAGAGAGUCGCUGGGGCAGGGCGGGGCCGCCGAGGGCGUGCCCUAUGACCCCUCCAGUAGUCGUAACUUCACUGAGCUGAAGGGGGAGAGCCGCUUCCUGACUGUGCAGCAUAGUGACACGGGCAGUGUCGAGGGCGCGCCUCUGGCCUCCAGCAGCGACUUUCUGCCUAAGUGUGAGAUCACGGGCAAGGACGCCCUCUCUGCGCUGAGCCGCGCUCGGUCCCACCAGUGCCGCCAGGAGAUUGCUAACAUCCUCUGCCUGCACCAGGCCGGCCAGCUGAUGCCCCGGUCAGUGCCGCAGUUCUGCCAGCAAUCCGGGUUCUCCGGCCCGGUAGUCCAGUGGGAGGAUGUUGAUCUGGAUCUGUCACAUGUGGACAGUCCAGUGCGGGUGGCCUUUGUCUUGGUGGUUCACGGUCGUGCCAUCCGGCAGCUUAAACGUCUCAUCAAGGCCAUUUAUCACCGGGACCACUUCUACUACAUCCACGUGGACAAGCGUUCCAAUUACCUGCACCGCGAGGUCCUGCAGAUCUCCCAGCAGUACCCCAAUAUCCGGGUGCCACCGUGGCGCAUGGGGACUAUCUGGGGUGGGGCCAGCCUGCUCAAGACCUACCUGCGCAGCAUGAAGGACCUGCUGGACAUGGUGGACUGGAAGUGGGACUUCUUCAUCAAUCUGAGUGCCACCGACUACCCCACAAGGACUAAUGAAGAGCUGGUAGCUUUUCUGUCUAAAUACAGAGAUAAAAACUUCCUCAAGUCUCAUGGCAGAGAGAACGCAAGGUUCAUAAAGAAGCAGGGUUUGGACCGGCUGUUCCACGAGUGUGACUCCCACAUGUGGCGGCUGGGAGAGAGGCAGAUCCCCAGGGGCCUGGCGGUGUCUGGAGGCUCGGAUUGGUUCUCUCUGACCCGGAAGUUUGUGGAGUAUGUGAUCAACUCUCAAGACGAGCUGGUGACCAGUCUGAAGCAGUUCUAUACCUACACUCUGCUCCCAGCUGAGUCCUUUUACCACACGGUUCUGGGGAACAGCCACAUGUGUGACACCCUGGUGGACAACAACCUGCGAGUCACCAACUGGAACCGCAAGCUGGGCUGCAAGUGCCAGUACAAGCACAUCGUAGACUGGUGCGGCUGCUCUCCCAACGACUUCAAACCCGCCGACCUGGUCCGCAUUCAGCAGUUGACAAGACCCACCUUCUUUGCCCGAAAGUUUGAGUCGCUGGUGAGCCAGGAAGCCAUCAACAUCCUGGAUGCCCACCUCUACGGUGACCCUGCCCCUGGCACCGUGGCGCUGAAGGCGUAUUGGGAAAGCGUGUUUGAGAGGAUGGAUGGAGUGAGCAUCCUGAGCGACGUGGCCCUCACCGCAUACUCCUCCUUCUUCAGACUGGGGCUGCGCAGCGUGGGGGCCCCGCGAGGGGACAGGGACAAGUGCAGCUAUGAGCCCAUUGGCUCUCCAGUCUCUGUGCACCUGUAUUUCUAUGACGACCGUUUCCAGGGUUACCUGGUGAUGCAGGAGGUUCAGAAUGUGGGGAUUGGGGAGCGGGAGACCCUGGAAGUGUGGGCGGUGCCUCAGGCCACACUGCAGUUGGAGGGGAGCAUCCGGGAGUUUGACCGGCUCAAGAACCUGGAGGUGGGGACGGAGUGGGACCCCAAGGAGCGGAUCUUCCGGAACUUCGGGGGGGUGCUGGGGCCGCUGGACGAGCCGGUCGCAGUGCAGAAGUGGACACGGGGCCCCAAUCUGACCGCCACUAUUGUGUGGAUCGACCCCGCCCACGUCGUGGCCACCUCCUAUGAAAUCAGCGUGGACUCAGAGGCAGAGUUCACACAGUACAAGCCGCCGCUGCAGCGCCCCCUGCGGCCCGGAGCCUGGACAGUACGGGUGCUGCGGCUCUGGGAGCUUGUGGCAGAGUCCCGCUUCCUGGUCACACCCCUCGCCUUCAAAGACAGGCAGGCGCUGCACAGAGAUGAGGCCCGCUGGCUGCACACGGGCCCCCCUGGGAACCUGUACAUGGAGCAGAGUUUCCAGCAGCUGCACGAAGUCCUCAAGCUCCCACCAAGGGAGCAGGCGAUGGAGCAGGCCCAGCAUAAUGCCCUGCUGGUGGGAAAGUCUCUGGAGGACUGGGUGGACGAGAGUGUGGGAGCAUUCUGGGUGUCAGGCGGUGUCUGUACCACCCUACCCUCAGCCUGCUCCUCGCUGGGACUCUGCCGUCAGUCCAGCUGGAGCUCCCUGUCCCCCGACCCCAAAUCUGAGCUGGGAACAGUGAAAAGCAAUGGCCGAAUCAGAUCAUUAAAGACUGGAGGAAACACUAUGGACCCUCGUGUUUAAGCCUUGCUUCAAUUACACCAGUGUUGCAAAUACACAAAUGAACCCACACGGCUGUGCUUUCCAAGGGUUGAUCCCGUGGUGUUUUUGUUUAGUUGUUUUGUUUUAGUAGUGGAAAGUCUGUGCUACAUAUAAAGGGAUUGACGUUUUCCUGUCGAUUUACAAGGAGCUUGCUGUUUAAACUCAGGCUCAAUGGCUGAUGUCAUUGUUGUCGUGCAUAUCAAAGGCUGGUGAUUCCACUUCAUCCUCAUUAGUAAUUAGUGCUCUGCUGAAUUGGACUCAAGUACUUUGUUUGAAUGGUGUGUGUCUUAAUGGAGGUGAUUCGCUACACUGUACUGCAGCAUAGUGCCCUGUAUAGGACUGUGUGAUGAGAAAGACAGUAUGGGUUUUGUUUUUGUUUUAAGUUUUUAAUGUCUACAGGGUAAAAAUGUCAGCUUGGGGAGCACAUUGAUGUACCUCUUCUGUGAGGAAAUUCUGAAUUUCAUAAGCAGUUUAUCGAAGGUCAUUAUACUGUUGUAGUAUUGUGAUGUUGUUAUACAUUACCACAAACUGCACUACUGGAGGUAGGACUUCAGCACCUCUUCCCAGUGAUGACCGUUUAGUAAGAUUCCAACUCUCAACACUAAUUGCCAUCUGUCAGUCACCCUGUCACAAAUUGAACUCUUACACUGUUUGAUCCCAGUAACACAGGCCUUUUGGGAGUUUCUCAAUAAUCUCCAGAGUGGACACUUUUCAACUAUUCUUGACCUAUUGGAGUUAUAAUUUUAUUACAGGUAGUAUUUUUAAUGAGAAUAUUGAGUAAAUAGCUUUAUACCCUAAAUCUGUUUGGUGUCUUCUGCAGCUCAAUAUAUAUGUUGCAAAUCCUCAUAAUAAACUUUGCCUUGGUAUCAGUCAUAUACAAUGGCUGCCAAUCAGCAGAGAUCUUUACCUCUGUGCCACUGUACAUGUUUUCUUAUGAGCUGAAGGAAUGAGCCCCUUUACCUCUGUGCCACAGCGCAUGCUUUCUUAUGAGCUGAAGGAAUGAGCCCCUUUACCUCUGUGCCUGUUGGAAAACAUGGAACAAGUAUUGAAUAGCAGUUUGCUACGCAUGAGGAAUGACGGCUGUAUUCAUGUUAUUUUUCUGAAAAGUGAUUUAACAUUGGAUAGAAAAAACUGUUAGUUCCAAAAAUGCAAGCACUGCUGUGAUAGAUGAAAGCUGCAAUAUGGUAGAGAAGUUACUCUGAAGUUGUAACAACUGAAAAAGAUUCUUUUGUGUCAAAGCAAAUGGCUGGCCAGCAGCACACGGCUGUACAAACAAGUCCUUUGAUCUCCAGCCCUGACAUGAAAGAAGCUUGCCCUUCGGGGAGACCACUGGGGUAUAAAACUAGUUAACAGGUUUUUCCUUAGAAAAUACAGCUGGUUUAUGACGGGGUCAUAAAGCUAGUUUUCAAGGGGACCGAAGGAGCCAGGCUCUAAGCCUUCAGAGAGAUCCAAAGAGAAAAGGUCUCAAGAAGAUGACAAAAACCAGAUGUAUGGACCUUUGUGGCACCGGGGGUCUGAAGAAUGCACUGAGUUCAGAGGUCUUCACACUAGAUCACACACACACACACACACACACACACACACACACACUCACACUAAAUGAAAUAUAUGGUAACAGGAUAAUGAGUUGUACCUUUUCUAUUGGUUAAGUGUCAGAGAAAGAGGAGGAGAGAGACAGACACCUAUGCAGAAGGGUAUUUAAUGUCAUGCAACAAUUGUAAGAACGAGUAUUCUGUUUGUCCUGUACCUGGGACCAGACUCCCUGCAUAUUUCAAUAAACCUAACAACUGAUUGAAGAAAAGGACUCUGUGCAGUUUCUUGAAUC